CUGUAAAAACACGAAACAUAUCAUUUGGGGAGUGAAAAAUAUACCGUUCAAGGAAGAAGAUACGGUGUAAUUGUUUAAAAAGACAUGUUAUCUAUUCUAAUGCGAUGGACAACAGCUGUCACGCUAAUGUGUUUCAACCUGUCAUUGAUAUUUCACUCUGCUUCAGCCUUUCAGUGCAGCAGACAAUAUUCCUACAAGGUUUGUGUCCAGAACAGGAAACUGUCGUUAAAUCACAAGCUACUUGAGAAAAGCUAUCGUGAUGUGGACUACUCUGAUGAAAUAUUUUGCAGAUGCUCUUUUGAAGCGGAACAAGCUGGCCACAAGUAUUUCGCCAUUCGCGAGACAAACAUGCAGACGGUAGUGUGUUACGCUAUUGACUAUAAUCAAGAAUCAAGAAAAAAAAAUAAAAUUUCUGCAGUUGUCGAUGAAAUGAAUGAAUUGUUAUCAGAAAACAAAUGUUCUCAAAGAUGUGACGAACGUGAAUGCAUUCCUAAACUGGGGACUGAGGACUACUCCGCUGUUUAUCACGUGAUCCCCAAUAUGAUCACUCUCCCGACAACAACCAAGACGACAGUGAGAAUUGAAACAUUACCACCAAGCACCACACACAAACCAUUUUGGAGACCUCCUCCUCCAAUAGUAGGAGAUUGGGAACAGUAAGAUCAGGUCAAAAUGAAAACCCGACUCUAGUGAAAAGUAUAAAAAUAAGAUGAACAUGUUUCAUUAUUAUACUGCUGGAAAUAUAUAUAGAUUACAAUCCAUAUUUGAACAUGAAAUAAUUUUUGAUUACAUGCAAUGAAUGGUGGAAUCACUACUAAAUGAUUCAGGAUUCGUUAUUGCGUUAAUGAAAUAUUUUGACUUGCUUAACAUGCGAUGGGAUCAUGGGGUACUUGCAUGGUGCAUGGUGCAUGGUGCGGGAAAUAAAGAUAGUUCUUUUUGGAAACAGCUUUAACAGCAUGUGAUUUGAAAAGGAGACUGUCAAGAUAACAGCUCAACUCUGUCCACGCAAUAAAACAGUUUCUUUCCUAUGCAAUCGAAGUGUAGUCAUGGAGUUAAAAUAUUUCCCUGUGACCCUGUCUUACAAUUUACAUAUGUAUGUAUUGUAUUAAGCCAAGUCCAGAUGUUUAUUAUAGAAAACAUUGAACUGGUAGAGUACGAGCGCUGUUAAGCAGUGCUUUCUAGUUAGUACAUCUUAUCAUUUUCUUAUUUCUGUUUUGCAUCUGAGCAACAUUACUGCUUUGCGUCAUUUUUAUUUGAUGAGGUGAGGGGUACAUUUCUGUCGUUUAUUAAUAUUCGUGCAAGAUCUCUGCCGGAAUCUAAACAAAUGUGCUAAAUCACAAUUAAAAUGUGCUAGAAAAUACUUAAUUGUAUACUGUAGUGAAUUCUUGUCUCUUCGAUAAGAUAAGAAAAAAACUCUCCUGAAGGACUAUCAUGUUUUGGUGAAACUAGCAUGCU